GCGCGAGGAAACGUUCUCUGGGUCUUCUUCUUUAUUCGUUUCGUCCAUGAAGGACACAAAGAUGAAGAAGAAGAUGAGGAAAUGUAGUAGUGAGUAUGAGAAGAGAAGAAGAAGAAGAAGAAAGAUGGUGCACAGCUUCAAAGUUGGGGUGGCCUUGGUGCUAGUCUCACUCUUGUAUGUUCUUGACCCUCUCUUCCAUCAAGUGGGCCAAAAUGUCAUGUGGGCCAUCAUGACCGUCGUCGUCGUUUUCGAGUUUUACGCAGGUGCAACAAUAAGCAAGGGCAUAAACAGAGGGAUUGGGACAAUACUUGGGGGGUUAUUAGGAUGUUUGGCGGCCUUUAUAGCCCGUAAGUUGGGAGGCUUCUUACAUGGUACUAUUGUCGUCGCCAUUGCCGUUUUCAUUGUAGGUGUGGGGGCAACGUACGUAAGAAUGAUGCCGAGAAUAAAGAGAAAAUAUGACUACGGGGCGUUGAUUUUCAUAUUGACUUUCAACUUGGUGGUGGUGUCGGGUGUGCGGGCCGACAAGGUCAUUCUCUUGGCCCGGGACCGCCUGUCCAAUAUCGGAAUGGGCUUUGCGGUCUGCGUCCUCACCAGCCUGCUUCUAUUCCCCCAAUGGGCCAGCGACCAACUCCACUCCUCCACCUCUUCCACCUUUCUUCACAUCGCCUCUUCUCUCCAAGGGUGUUUGGACGAGUACAUGGCGAUUUCGGAUGAGAAGAAAAGCGGAGAAAGUGCCGACGUCAGUGCUUGCAAACGUAUCUUGUAUUCUAAGGCCAACGACGAAUCUUUGGCAAAUUUUGCAAAGUGGGAACCUUGGCAUGGGAAAUUUGGGUUCUCCUACCCAUGGGAUAAGUAUAUGGAGAUUGGAGAAGCACUACGAGAAGUUGCUGCCAUUGUUAUUUCACUCAAAGCUUGCAUUAUUCGAUCCAUGCAACAGCCAUUAACCCCGACACAACGAGAAACGGUGAAAGAGCACAGCGAAAGAGUGGGUUUAACGUUGGUGUGGGUUUUGAGAGAGAUGGGAGAGAGCAUUAAGGGCAUGAGAUUAAUGUCCACAACCAAUAAUCAUAAUAAUCAUAAUCAUAAACUGAAGUUGUCUCCGACAAGCAUUACUAUUAGUAAUCCUCCCAACUUGUUGGAGCUCAUGGAGCAAGAAGACAAAGACAACCUCGUUCAUGCUGUCAUCACGGCGACCUCGUCGGCGGCUUCAGAACAGCUAGGCAUGUCGAGCUUCGUUUUCAUGAUGAACGAGAUGUCGAAGAGGGUCGAAGCGUUGGCGACGAAGGUGGAGCAACUCGGCGACAUUGCCGAAUUUCGCAGCGCCGAUGACAAGCUAGCAGAAGUCUGAUUGUAGUAUGUGUGUAGUCUUUCUUGGUUGACCUCAAAAGUCAAAACAUACCGGCCAGGUGGGAUAAUGGUGGGGCCAGCCGGGAGACAAAUCACCGUAAGAGCCCCACAUCGGUCUCAAAACCGUUGUCCGACUCUCAUAUUCCACCAUCCAGAUGUUGUUACAUAGCACAAAAAUCUGAAAUAACAUUUUUUGGGACAA